GAAUCCAAGACUCACAUCCUGUUUAUAAGAAAAGGAGUCAGUCUCAAGUACAGUAUACUGGACAGUAUUUCCCAGCUUCGAGUUGCUCUCAGUGUAAUUACAAAGUGCAUCGUCUCAGGAGCUCAACAUACAGUAAAUGAAUAUUUCUCCUAUACCCUGAAACACCUAACAGUCUGCAUAUAUCCAGCAACAGGCCAUGGAAGGUGUAGUGCUGGUGGUCUGUAGCCUCAUUGUGGCCAUGGCCUACUGCAACCCUGUUGAGUGUCCAGCCAAGUGUGAAUGUGACAGUCCAAGGAUCACAUGUGAGGGAGGAACAAUAUCCAUACUAGACAAGAGACUCACAGCCUUGGUGAUACAAGAUGCUGAUCCACCCAUCACUACACUCAACCAUGCCAUAACUCAGCAACUGGAACAUCUUGUGAAGCUACAGCUGGACUCGGUAGGCCUGACAGAGAUAGACCCCGGAGCACUGGCAACAAUACAACGCCUGGAGACUUUGGAGAUAACCAACAACCGCAUCGCUACGAUUGGACCCGCCACCUUCCGAAACUGUGGCAAAUUAAUUUACCUCAAUCUUGAAAAUAAUAAUAUUGAAGUAAUUGAGGAAGGGACAUUCACCUCGCUGGAUAACCUCCAUCACCUCAAUCUGUCUCACAAUGCCUUAACCACUCUGCCGAAAUAUUUACCCACCAGACUCCAGGUUCUUGACGUGGAGUAUAACCGGAUAAGUGAAGUCCAAGAUUUAUCCUCCGCUAGUAUGACAUCACUCAACCUGUGUCAUAAUGACAUCUCCCACAUUGACCCAGACCAGAUUGAGCUGAAGAAUCUCAAGUCGCUCUGCAUUGGAGGAAUAAAGUUUAAUCUGAGCGAUGAUCUGGUAAACCACAACAAGCUUCCAGUUCUUGAGAGUCUACAGCUAAAAGGAGAUCCAGAGAAUAAACUGAGAGUUACUAACAAGAUUCAGGAAAAUAUCCUCAACAUGACAACACAAUCACUCAAAAACCUGGAGCUGUCCUAUUGUGGACUAGCAAGUCCAAAGAUUUUCACCCAGGCCAACAGCAAACUCCAAAAUCUCAAAGCAACAGAUGUAAAACUGGUCCCGACAAGACUAAGCUUAUGGCCUAAGUUUGAACUUCCCAAAAUAGAAAUACUUGACUUGUCAGGAUCCCCUUAUCUGACAAAACUCUUCUUAACCUCAAAUGCACCAACAACCUUACCUGACCUUAAGAUUCUUAAAAUGUCCCACUGUUGGAUAAGGGACUUUCCCGAGUCUCAUUUUGAACAAAAAACACCAAACGUCAAACAGCUGGACAUAAGUCAUAACCCACUUGAGUGUACGUGCUAUGGAAUCUCUUGGAUCCCAAAUUACGUGAGAUACGGGAAGCUUAUUCUCCUCAACGAAGAGAACACAAUCUGUGCUAUCCCUAAACACCUCAAGGAUAUCCCACUGUUAACAGCUUCUCUCUGUCCCAUCAUUCCCACACCAGACACCACUAGUACCCCAGCGACCUACACUACGUCCCUGGUUACUUCAGUUGACACAACAGUUAUACCUGAAGAGUCACAUUCAUCAAGCCCUGGGAUGACUACAACCAACAAAGGAAACCUGCUGCUGGUUUCACCUGUGAUCAUAAUGAUUUCUUUCAUCACACUGUGCGUGUGCCUCAUUGUUUGACACUACAAGAAUAGCGCGUUCAACGUUAAAGAAAACAGCAGCAACACAGAAGAGGCCGGAAAAAACAAUGUUGCUACGGCUGAGAGCAAAGAUCAAACAUCAUUAACGCCAACUGACACACAGAAUGGUCAGCAUGACAACCUGUUAAAUGAGGGUUACACUGUAAGCCCCAGUGACCCUGAGGAGAAACUUUAGGCAGAUGCAGGUAAUAGAAAGGAACAAUACCAGUGUUGUAGCUUCUGUAGGCCCACCUGGGUAACUCAAGCCUUCCUCACCAAACUUAAUAUCUCACAGCUUGUGUUGCAGCAACAAGUAUUCUCAUAAUAUCUGCACCAAGGAACAUAAACUUUUGUUCAUCCGACUGCAUAAUUAGGCUCGUAGGGAUGCUAUCAUACAACAAUAACUGCAUUAGUGGCUUAUUGUAAUGUGUGUGUGUCACAGGCACUACACUUGGGCUACAGUACAGUACUGUAAGGUGAAUGUUCUGAGACAAUGCUGUACUGUACUGUAUUAAACUACACUACAACAGAGUCCAUAUUCAUCUUACUAAAAAUUAUCCAGAAAUCUUCUAGACUUACAGGCCAAAAACUUACGGAGAUUAUGACUAGUCUUGCCUGACAUGUACUGUACAGAGGCAGCUCAUGUGUCAUGCUGUAAACAGUGCUGAAGGGGACUGCCUCACCCACCUACUAUACUCACUACAGAUCAAUAACUUGUGAUGAGUACAGUAACAACUUUAAGCACUAUAUUGUCAUCAUCAUCGCUGGUUUACUGCUAUUUUCUACACUUUAGAGGGUCAGCUGAUGGCAAGGUGUCGUGGCUGCCAUCAGGUAAAUGUCAAGCAAGUUUUACAGCUGGAUGUCCCUCCUGUCACUCACUCAGUUGUAUACUCUAAACAUCCUUUAAUAUAUUUUAACGAUAUACUGUCUAUUAAAAUGUGAAUACAUUUUAAUAUUCAAAUUUUCUGGAUGAUGCAGGUCUAGAUCAAGUGAUGCUCUGUGGUCCAAGUCAGUAUUUUGGACAAACUAAACCACUCAGAAAAAACUCACCUCAUAAAUAUCUUCAACUAUGACAUAUACAGUAUAAUUAAAUACAAAAUGGCCACAAGUCAGCCAUUUUUCAAUAUAGAUUCAUUGAGGACUAUUGUCUUCUUACUCUUUACAUUUAUACAAAUUUUAAUAGGAAAAUAUCUCCAGUUGUUCCUCGAUAAUGAAUGGUAAAAAGUUUAACAGAUGAAAAUAACUUCGAGGCGACAAUUAUCUUCGUCAACCAGAAUAUAGAGAUUAGUCACGUCGUCCCUUCCCGUGAAAUUCUUAAGUGACCAACAUGAUGAGUUACUUACACCUGAACAACCAUAAAACAUAAUAAUUCCAACUCAAGAAUAUAACACCCAUCUACCCUUUCUCUUUACUCCUUUCCCAUUUAAAACAAAUUUACAAACAUGUGAAUAUAUUAAUACUGAAAAUUAUUCCCCAAUAAUUCAAUUCAUUCACGUGGUAAGUCAAAACACGGAGAUUCAUAAAUAAAUAACGACACAACAUACCGGACUGGCACGGCUACAGAGCAUCAGUCGGUACACAAAAUAAUAACUUACUCGACAUUGUGAAUUAAGACGAACAACAACACUUCUCUUGUAGGACGUCGGUAAGGAUGUCUGCCGUCAAUACCAAUCCUCUGGGGUUGAGAACCUAAAAAAUAAGGAAAGGUUUUAGGAGACCCGGCGCCCCUCUCGGUCGUAAUUAUCAUGAGCUUCACGUGUAAAUCAUUUAUUCCCUCACGUCGAGAACACCACAAAUUAGUUACAGGGUUUACAGUUUUUAUAUUAUUAAUUUCUCAAUUUUUUGGGGGGUUCUCAAUAUGGAUCUACGUUCACCUACAAUGUGUCAUUAAUGUACACCAUUUUUUUUCAUUUUAAUACAGUUGCUUUCAAUAAUUGUUUCAUACACAAUAAAGCUUCCAUCAAAUACUACAA